GUACCCCUUCAAUAUUUUUACUAUACAGCAGUAUUUGUUUUGCUCGUGUAAGUUUCAGGGCCAUUAUCACAUAAAACGUUCAGAUAAAAUGAUCAAGUUGCUUGAACGCAUUGUAACGCAACUUCGAUCUGUUUUUAUUGGGCAUGUUUAAAAAUUUUAGAGAUCUUCUGCGUCCACUCUCGGUAUGAAUUAGAACAUAUUAAUAAUGGAAGUUGUAAUUGCACAAGCUGUUGUUGACAAACUUUCUGGGAUCGUAGCCCAGAAAGUGUCUGAAGAAAUAGCGCUGGUUUGCAACUUCAAAGAGGACUUUGAGUGGUUGAAUGCGAACUCCACAAUUAUAAGUGGUUGUCUGGCAAGCGCAAAUUCACAGGCUGUGCAAGAGAAGCCGGUCAAAACAUGGCUGCACCACGUUCAGGACGUUGUCUGGGACGCAGAGGACAUUGUCGAAGAAUGUGCUGUUCGGCCUAUUUACACUAGCAGUGUAACUCAGUCUUGUGUCUGCAAUCCUGAUGAAUUGAUUUUCCGUUACAGAAUGGCGAAAAGAAUUCAAGAAGUCAAAAAACGAAUCAGAUCCGUUAUGGAAAGUGGACAGCAGCUUGAGCUUUUCCAAGCUAGACUGCAUCAGCCGUCAAGCAGUGCAGCGGGGGAAGCAGCGAGGAAGGAAAAUAGGCGCCUGCCCUUCGACUCACACCCUGUAGGGAUUGAGCCCAAACUUAAAAGCCUCAGGCUUAUGAUAGAUCAAUCAACUGUUCCAGUCAUUGCCGUGGUAGGGAUGGCCGGAGCAGGGAAGACAUUUCUUGUUCGAAAUGUUUUUGAGAGAAUCGACCAAGGUUAUGAGUAUAAGAUUUGGUUUUCCAUCUCACAAUCAUAUACUGUUCGUCAAUUACAGAUGGAUUUAGCCUCGUACACGAAUGAAAUAGAUAAGCAGAAUUUGAACGAUUUAAGUGAAAACCGAAGAGCGGAGUUGAUUCAUGGGGCUUUACAAGGAAAGAAGUCUCUCAUCGUGCUGGAUGACGUCUGGAGGGCAGCCAGUGAGAAUAAUAUCAUUGAGAGACUUGGUCUUCCAAUUGCUCCUGAGAGCCAAUGUAAAGUUGUGGUUACAUCAAGAGAUAGGAAAAUUUGCGAAAAGCUUCGCAGUUUACUUUACAACGUGGAGCUUUUAUCAGAGGAAGAGAGUUGGCAGCUGUUCUGCGCUCAUGCUUUUGGAGGUGAACCCCCAGUUUACCUUCAAGAGAUAGCUCCUAAAGUUUCACAGAGAUGCGGGAACUUACCAUUGGCUCUCAAGAUAAUAGGAGCUUCUCUCGCCCGUUGCACGGAGAUAAGAGAGUGGGAUUCCAAAGUCGAUCAGCUGCCGGAGUUUAGUGGUCCUAACAGUGACGCAGUUACGCAUAUUUUCAAGCUGAGCUAUGAUUCCUUGCCUCCAACUCUUAAGCUCUGUUUUUCUUAUGUGUCUUUCUUUCCUGAGGAUGAGAGAAUAGAUGCUGAAUAUCUCAUAAAUCUAUGGAUAGCCGAAGGAUUCAUUCCUCAAGGGGAAGAUCAGUGGGCUGUAGCUUGGCAUUAUUUAGAUCAAUUGGCCAAUCUAUGCUUGCUUGAAGUAGAGGAGGAUGAGUAUCUAGUCAAACAUUGCAAGAUCCAUGACUUGGUGCUGGAUUUGGCAAUUGAUAUCUCCAAAGAACACCAAUGUAAAUUUUCUGUUGAUGAUGACUUCAGAUCAGCGAGAAGAAUUUUACUGCGCAAGAAAGAGAUUGAGAAUAAGGACAUUGUAAAAGGAAGGGCUUCUUGUCCCAAGUCUCUUCGGACGCUGUCACUGUAUGAAACUCCCAUUGAAAUAAUUGAGAAAAAAUUCGUGAGCCCUAUGAGAUUAUUAAGGGUUCUCGAUUUGAGCAAAACUCAGAUCUCCACAUUGCCCCCUUGUGUUGGGAAGCUUAAAAUUCUCAAGCUUUUAAAUUUAUCACGAACAGGAACUAAAAAGGUACCAGAAUGUGUGAGAAGUCUUAAGAGUCAUCUCUUUCUGGAUCUGUCUCACUGCGGGCUAGAAAGUCUUCCUAACUGGAUCAAUAAACUCAAAUGUCUCCAGCAUCUAAAUAUAAUUGGUUGCAAAGGUGACCUGCUGAGUCAAAUGCCGAAAGGAAUAUCAGAGCUGGUGGCUUUGCGGGUACUGAGAUCGAACAACUUGAAGCUCUCUGUUACAGAGGAUGGGCUCCUAAAGUUGGAGGAUGUUGCUAAAUUAACCUGUCUUCAAGAGUUAAGCAUAGAAGUUAAGCAUGCAGUGGAAGACGGAACCUUUGCUCAGCAACUCGAGAUGCGCCAUCUGUCAGUUAAAUCUACUUUAUCUAGUGCAUCAGCUCAGCCGCCGAAUCUUUCCAGAAUGCGGCAUCUACAAACACUAAAACUCAAGAAAUUCGCUGUGCCGAAUUGGGUGUUUGCGCUACAUGAUCUAGCGCAUCUCGAAUUAGCUAACUGUGAAUGUCGCAAUUAUCCUGAAUUACAAGCAUUGCCUCACUUGAAAAAGCUGAUAUUAGAUGGUAAUAGAAGUUGUAAAAAUCUACCAAAGGGAUUUGGAAAGCCAUCCGGGUUUCCCAAGCUACGCUUUCUGCAUAUUCAGAAUUUCUCUCAUUUAGAGGAGUUGCCGGAUUUGGAGGAUAGAGCAAUGGCCGUCCUGGAGGAGUUCUAUGUAGGAUUUUGUCCGCGAGUGAGUAAAGUUCCAGAGGGCUUAGAAUGGCUGACAAAACUAAGGAAGGUCUACUACACUGGGGAUAGAACCGAUGGCUUGAACAAAAGUAGGAAAAUCUGGGAUGAAUUCAGACAAAAUAUCGAAGAUGAAAAUGGUCCACGAGUGAAAAUCAUUUUAACAAUUAUUUAGCUGUUUUCUAAUUAUGAAUUCAGGAAUAAAUUGGGUGAAGAUCGGCAAGUUUGGCGUAAGAUCAAAGCAAAAAGAGCGCUUGUGCACCUCGUAAGAUAGUAUUCAGCGAAUGAUUUAUUUACUUAUUUAGGAACGUAUGAAUUUCUAUGAGAACAAAAUCAUGUUUACAGAAGUUUAUUAAUCAUCCAAUAAUUCUUAUUAGUAGUGGAAGUUUUUCCAAUUAGUUUGUCAG